AUGGGUCAGAACUUAUCCAUCGUUAAUUCUCAAUUUAUCGACUUAGCUAAACUCGAUAAUAACAUUGGUGCUAUUGCUACGACCCUAUCCAUAGAUGAUAAAGAACAAGAAGAUGUUAAUUUAUUUAUAUCUCGAAACAUUUCAUCUGACAUCUCGAAUAAUCGAAUGGUGAACAUCGAAGGACAAUUGAUCAAUCGGAUUCACCAGCAUCUAUUACGAGCAACUGAUAUAUUCGAAUUGAAAAACAUUGAUUCAAAAUUGAAUGAAACAUUCAAAGAAAAAAUUCUUCCAUCAGUAAUCACUGAUUUUGAAGAAGUAAUUAAAGAAAUCAACAACUUACUUGAUAAAAAACAACAAUUACAUGAAUCAUUUUUGCAAAACUUACACGAAAAAGAAUCGAAUAAAAUCCACGAAGAAAACGACGCAUCAAAUAAACAUGGCUCAUCGCUUACCUCAAAAUUGUCCUCUUUUAUUUCAACACUAGUUGAUCAUGUUCAUGUUAGUGCUCCAGAACGAUCAAUCCUGAAUAUUCUAUCAAAGAUUCCUAAUAAUACUGUCUAUCUCAAAGAUAUUCUUUGUGUACUUCAACAACUGAUAUUUGAUACAGAUCAUAUUUAUGAUAUUCAAAAUAUAUGCAACCAACUCAAUAGUAACUUUGAACAAGUUCAUCACAUAUGGAACGAAUACAAUCCAUCAGAUUCAAUUAUUUCCGAACCCACUACUUCUCUAGAAGAUAUUCUAUCAAAUUCAUUGAACUAUUUGAAAUUAAUUAAUGUUUAUCCUAACGAUAAACUGAUGAAAACUUCAAAGAAAACUUUUACUGGACAAAUCGUUGCAUGCAUAAUCUUUGCUCAUAUUGAUUUUUAUCAAACUAUUCAUACACGAUAUAGAUUUCAAUCAGGUUCAAUGAAAAAAUCGAUCUCAUUUGAAUUCCAUUCUCAAACAUUUAAAAUCUUAUUCAACAUUAUUCAACAAAUAACAACAAGACAAAUGCAAUUAAAUCUAAACGAACAAUUUAUCGAAAAUAUUUGUUUGAAAUUAUUUACAACACAUUUAAAAUUUCUUUCGGCAAUGACAACAGAUCAUCAUCGAAAUCUUUCUCAAAAUAUGGAAACAUCAUCGACUGAAUCGAACGACAGUAUUCAUUGGAAUCGUUUUAUGAACAACAAUGAAUUGCAUCAUUGGUUUGAUACCUUGUUGAUAUUGACUACUGACAAGUAUGAAUUGAAUAUUCGUCGACAAGCAUCAAAAGCGAUCAUUUAUUUAAUCGAUAUACAAUCAGAAUCAUUUAUUGAUAAAUUAACAUUACUGCAUAAAUAUAUUCUUGAAAAUAAAAAUUCCGUAUUGAUCGAACAAAUUGCAAUUGAAUUGAGUACAAAUGCAAUGUUAUUAAGUUGGAUACAACUCUUAGUAAAUGAUUUCAAAUCAAUGACAACAAGUCCAUGUUGGGUUAUUUUUAAUUCAUUACUUAAUAUUUAUUUUAAUUCAUCAAUAAUGAUCAUAUCGAAAAUGUCUAUUGAAAAAAUAUUCGUACGAUUUCAACAGCUCGUUUUUGUUCAAUUAAUCGGCAAAUAUCAAAAUAAAUAUAUUAUUGCAAAUGAUGAUCAUAGAAUCGAUUCACUUGCUAUUCAAUAUAUAGAACAAAUAUUUAAUCAAGAAUUAGUUGUUAAUGAUUUAUUUAAAUCGAUUCUACUUGGUUUAGGUGUCAUGACAAAAAUCGAAUUUCCAGCAAUUCGAUCGUUUUUUAUGACCGUUUUACCGUUGUUAGUCGAAUUUAUAUUGAAGAAUAUGAAUCAGAAGGAAGAUCAUGUACAAUAUAUGUAUUGGUUAUUAGGACAAAUGAUUAAUACUUUGAUUAUGGGUCCUCCGAGUGAUCCUUUCGAAAUGAAAUAUAUCGAUAAAUUAAAAUCACCAUUAUUUGCUGGUGGAUGUGAGAAGAUAGAUCAGUCGAAUUUACUUGAAUCAAACAUAGCUGUUUACUGUCAAUUACCAUCAAUCAAUGUUCAUGAAGAAACAUCAGUCGAUGAGGAAUUUUUAAUGUCAAUUUACAAUAAUACAGAUCAAGGUGAGCGAUUAAUAUCAAAACUGCGAUUGUCAAUUAAAGAUAAACAGUGCGUACUUCAAAAAUCAAUUGAAAAACAAGCGAAUGAUGCAUGUGCUCAUCUAUUUGCUGUCUAUAUUAAACACUAUCGUCGAAUUAAUCUUGCUAAAGACGAGCUUAAUCGAGAAGACAAUACAAAACCUCAUAAGAGUCUUUUAUCAAUUUUUAACCAUGCCAAUCGUAUUCGAAUAAUAUUCGCAACAACACGAGGACAAGGCGGUGAUUGUCAACAACUUUACGAACAAAUUCGAAUGAAAUGUUUAUUUCUUCUUCAAUCUGUUAAAGCAAAUCAUCUCAUUCCGAUAAUUAAAAGUUCGAAAAACGAAGAAUCAUCCAUGAUUUCAACAAAAUUAGACAAAAACUUAAUAUUCGAACAGAAAUGUUUACAAAAACGAAUAGGAAAAGAGUCACUUCGAUUACUUCGAGAUACUUUUCAAGCGUGUAUUCGAUUAAAAACAUUCAUGUUAAACAAGAAGAGAAUGCUCGAAGAUAAUCAAAAUAUUGAGGAUAUUCUACAUCGAACCAUAGCAAAUUAUGUUUAUGGUAAUAGUUCGAAUAAUGAUAUACAAUCCGAAUCGAAUGAACUUCUUCGAGCGAUGUCUUGUCAGAACGAACGAGCAAUGCUUAGAUUAAUUACCUAUAGAUUUAUGCACACAUUUCUUCAAAAACUCUGCCAGAUUGAACAAAAAACGAAUAUCAUGCUUCUAUUUGCGAUUUGUUUACCAUAUUUAAGGACUGGAGAUGUUCAAUGGUCCUAUUUAGAAAAUAUCCUUGCCGCUAAUGUUCAAUGGAAAGAUGAAAUCGGUCGAAUUUAUUAUUCGAUUGUUGAAAUCAUUCUAUCGAUGAAAAUCAAUGAACCAAUGGUAGUCUUCCAUUUAUUGAAUAUAUCGUAUACAUCAACAGAUAUUCAACAAUUACACCAACGAUUAUUUAUACCAUUCAUUAGUUGUCUCAAUGUUUCUUUUCGUGAAAAUUUUGUUGCAUUCAAUUGGUUUCGAUUGUAUAUUUUACAAUUAUGUGAAAACUUUCUCGUCAAUGAUUUACAAGAGAUAUUCGAUCAGCAGCUGGUGUUUAUCUUUCAUCAAUUGAUUUUUAAUGAAUUAAAACAGUUAUCAUCAAACGAUAUUGAACUCAUAGAAUCUCAAAAGAAUUCUUUUCGAAUAGCAACAUUUAACCCUGAACUGGGCAUAAAUCAAUGGUUGAUGUUACUACUUCGAUGUGUACAAUAUUAUGAGCAUGUACGAAUACUUUGCGCAACUGCUGACUAUAUUAAUGAACUCAUACGUAUCUAUCGACAUAGUAAACAUUUAACUACGAUUUUACUUUCAUUAAAAAUUAUACGUAAACUUCUAUUAAACUUGCCUGAUAAACAAGAUGAAGUAUCUAAGACGAUCGUGACGAAUCUUUUAGAUGAUAUAUUACGUACUAUUGGUGAUAAUCUUCGUUCGUUUCAAAUAACAGUUGAUGUUAUCACCGAGCUGAUUUAUAUUUAUCGAACAAUGUUAUCAUUUCAAUCCCCCUGGCAAUCGAUGGCAACACAGACGAUUAUUAAUAUUAUUACAACAGCAUCGAUGGAUAAUAAUCUUCUAGCAGUAUUAAGUAUUUUAGGUGGAUAUAUUCAUCCAUUUUGUUUAGGCUCAAUUGUACAAGUCUAUGAUAAUGAUCAAAGCAAUAAUGAACCACAAAUGGCAGUCAUACUCGAAAUUGAUCGAUCGUAUUUAGUUCAAUAUUGUGAAAAUAAUCAAACGAAUUCGGUAACAGGAGAUCAACUACGAAUUGAGCUCGAUGUUUUCCCGCCGAAUCUUCUUGAUUUACCAAUUACGAAUGAAACUAUUGGUGAAUUGUUCGAUGUUUUGAUAUCUUUUAUUGAAACCGAUCAAUCAGUGAUAGAUCCGUUACUUGUAUUACAAGUAAAACGUCGAUCAAUUGGUGUUUUAUAUCGAUUAUUGAUGAGUAAAAAACUCUUGGAAAUUUUCAUGAGAAACUCCAAUGCAUCGUGUAUAGCCAGACUAUCAGCAUCGGCUUUGUCAACAACCCAUCGAUUACAACCAACUGAUUUGCGUCUUUGGAAUAAACGGCAUUUAGAGCAAUAUUGUUUAAGUUUAGAUCGAUGUGAAUAUUUAAAACAAAUCAUUGAUGAUAUAAAUGUGAAACGUGAAAAUGAAACACCAGUUCCCAUUUGGAAUCGUUUUAGAUUUAAAACAGAUAGAGAAUAUAUAGCUGAUGGUCAUCAAUGGAAACCGAUGGGAUCAAAAGACGAUAUUGAAAAAUUCAAGCAAGGUUGGACAGGUAACGAUGAUAUUUGUAUUGUGCCGAUGCCGCCUCAGCUCACUGGCCAAUGGAUCAUAGAAGAAUGUGGCGUUAGUCAUCGAUUUCCUGGACGAGUUUGUUUAAUAUCUGAAACUGGUAAUGCAUCAUUAGCUACAUUUAUUAUAGAUCAACUUCAUUUAACUAAAGGCAAUUGGUACUUUUGCGUUCGUCUGCUCGAAAGUCAUUUUGCUCAGAUUGGAUGGUCCACCACUGGAUUCAAUCCGAGUGAAAUCAUCGGCAUUGGUAAUGAUACAUAUUCAUGGUCUUAUGAUGGAUCUCAAGGAAUGCUCUACAAUCGAGAACAAGCAUUAUUUCCUACUAGUAACGUUCGUUGGAAUAUGAACGAUGUUUGUGGUUGUGGCAUUGAAAUCGAUGGUGCUAACACUCAAAUUCGCUAUUGGCUCAAUGGACAUUUAUUAGGCACGGCUUUUGCUCAUCAGAACUCAAUUGGUUUGACGGAAAUAUCAUGUGAUAUGUUACCGAAUGGAGUCGACACACCUUUUUUUCCUGGUGUUAGUUUAAAAGUCAAUGAUGCAUCUGUAUUGAGUUCAUGUGAGUUUAUAUUCAGUCCGGAAGAUAUGUACGAAUGUCCACUACCAAACGGUUAUAAACCAUUAUUAUUACCGACAUUGAUUAAGACAGUAACCUAUCCGUCUAGUGCUUAUUUGAUUAGUAACAGUGUUCAAGAUAACAUUUAUCGAAAACGAAAUGAUGAUUCGACCACUUUUCUACGUGAUUUCGUCAAUGAUAAUCAUCUUGAAACUGAAUAUAUCAUUGAUAAUCAUCAUUUAGUAUUACCGAAAGAUAGUCAAGGUUUCCUAUUAACUAUGAAUGAUAAUAGUAGUUCAUGGACAAUAAGUUUCGAUUUUCAACUGGAUAAAAUCUUACACGAUGAUAUUCCAUUAAUAACAUUGGAAACAUUUUCAAUAUCCAUUCCAUCGAGUAAAAUAACUGAUGAAACUCAAGCAGCGAUUACAUUCGAUGUCGAUAGUCAACAAAUCAAAGUUUAUAUCAACAAUGAAUGCCGAAUAUUCGAUAGUCCUGCCAUUGCUCAAUCCAAUAUUUAUCUUUUACCAACAUUAUCUGGUAAAAUUCAAAAGCUAGCUGUCUGGAACUAUGCUUUAUUAGACGAACAAAUUCGACGUCUCUUCAAUUUCGGAUUAUCCUAUGUAGUUACGGAUUAUCAUCGACUUAAAGAAUAUCGAAUGCAAGCCAAUACAUUGACAUUUACUUCGAACCAGAAAGAUUUUAUAGGUGAAUUUCUUGUACCAGUAAAUCAAUCAAUUGAAGCCGAGAAGAAUGAAUGGAAAUAUUUCAAACCAAUCGAUGGAACUGAUUACUCAACAAUACAAUUAUUCGGAAAUCAAACUUAUCUCAUGUUGGACAAAUCGACUAAUUUAUGGUUGGACUAUACAUUGAUUCUUGAUGUUUCUGUCGUACAUUUACCUAUCGCAAAUGAACAAUUGACAUUUGUAACACUAAAUUCACAAACAAACAUUUGUUUGACAAACGAUGGUUACAUUUGUCUUAUUAUCGAUGGUACACUGAAAAUCAAAAGUAAGCCUAUAUGGAAAUUAAAUCAAUAUGUACGUUUACUAAUAUCUGUUCACGCGCAAUGUCUGAAAAUCUAUGUGAAUGGUAUACUUGAGCUCGAUAUUUCUGUCGAUAAUGAUCAAUUCAUGAUUAAAGACAAGUACAUUAAACUAUUUUGUGAAGAUCAUUCUACUAAGAACACAGUUGAUGAUAAUACAAUUCGGAUUGAAUGUCGAUCGAUUACCUAUAUGAAUUGGUUUAUAGAUAAUAUCGAUGAACAAAUGAAAUCAGUUGACUAUUCAUUAGAAAAUAUUGUUGCACCACCAUAUUCCAUUAUGUCACCAAGUUUGAUUUCUAUUGGACAUGAUGAAUCACUGAUCAAGACGAUAAUGAAAGAAAAUUUAGUUAAAAAUUGUCAAUCAAUUGAUAGAAUUAUUCGUGAACAACAGGAAGCACCUCUCAAAGCAAUGAUGGCUGAAAAACUCAGACGUCAACGUGAUCUUAUAGGAAAAGUGAGUCCAUCAAUCGAUAGAGAAAAAGUUCAAAAUUUGCUACAAAUUUCUGAAUUUGAUACCGAUGAAAAGAUCAUUGCUCUUGGCGAGAUUUUAUUCGAUCGAUGGAAUGAUAUACAAAGCUCUAAUCCAUUACCUGACACCGAUAUUAAUCUCACUGAAUGGCUUCAAGAUAAAUCCACGGUAUCCGCUGAAGAAGUCGAUCCUACCUAUCAAUUACUAGAUUUAAAUCGAUCUAUACAAGAACAGACAACAUUAACCGAUCGAGUUGAAGAACAACGAAAAAAGAUUAAAAAAUCUAGUGAAUAUAAUCAUCAACAAAUAGCUCAUCGACAAUUUAAUGAUUCACGUAUAGCUUGUGAACAUGGAUUGAUAUCCAUGUAUGCUCAUUAUACAAUUUUAACUAUGUUAAAAGUUUGGUCUACUGAUGGAUCAUGUUUAUUUCCAUUGGAGAAAUUUGGUGAUUCUACAUUUAUUAUAACAUUAUUGAAACUAUUAGAUUAUCAUUAUAAUUAUACACGGUUACAUACAGAUGAAACUAUCGAUCGAAUGAGUUUAUUAAUUACAUCAAUACUCAAAGUCGAAACUAAUGAAUUACUGAAACAUCAUGAAUCGAUUAGUAGAGAAAUCUUACAAAAUAAAGCACCAUUACUUUAUCAAUUGCAAAAGAAUUUCAUUAUUCAAUCAAUUCAAUUUCUCGCGGAUAAAUCAUUAUUACUCUAUGAUUAUGAUGAUGAAUCGACUAUGAUCGAUAAACAAUCUAUGAUACGAAAACCAAAUUUAAAUUUUAUUCUCAAAGUUAUCAAUCUAUUUGUUAAACUACUCACUGAUCAAUCAACAAUAUCACAAAAUGAAAUCGAUAUUUUAAUUCCUCUGUUAUUUCCAGCAUCACUCAUCAAUCAACUAUUCAAUUUAUUUAUCGUAAGUCCAAUGCAACAAUCGAAAAUAAUCAUUAUCCAUUUAUUUUCGACUUUAAUACAGAAAAGCAAAUAUUUCAAUUUGAGCGAACGUAGUCAACAUUUUUUAUAUCAAUUAUCAAUUGAAUUACCACCUGAUUCAACAUCGAUGAAUAGUCGAACGACAAAAACAUUUCAAAUUGCGAUUGCCGACUUGAUCUAUUUACUUGAUGAGAGACAUCGACAUCAAAAUCUAUUGAUCAAAAUAGAUUUUUCUCAGUUUUCUCAACAUAACAACAAUCUAUUGACAUUUAUUGAUGUUAUCAAUGCCUUAACUGAUAAAAGCAAACGAACGCUUUUUCCAGAGGCAUUCAUUCUUCAAUUUACUAGAGAUGAACUUGAACAAUCACAUUGUCAUUUCGAUACAACUGCUGAUCUUCAGCUGAUUGAUUUUAUAAAUCAUCAUGCCCUUACUAAUGAAUCUUUCGUUGAAUUGAUUAAUAGUCUACCAACUGAUGUCUCACAAAAUCCAACAUAUUAUAAAGCCUAUCCAUCUUUAUGGCAUAUUCCAACUACUUGUAUUCAAAUUCGUAUCAAAUGUGUAUGGCAAUUGAAUAUACUCGUCGAAAAUGUGAUAUCCAGUGUUGAUUUUAGUUUGUUGCCUGGAGAAAGUAUCCUAACUGACAAAGUUCGGGCAGUUAGACCUUACGUAUUAUAUAAAACAAAAUUGCCACUAUUUAACACAACUCUCAUGAUGACCGAGCUUCCAUCACAAGGUGACAUGAUAACAGUUAAUUUUGAUACUGUUCGAGCCAGUAUUAAAGAUGAUCAUGGUUUAAAUACAAUGUUUAAUCAAGCCUACGAACAAUUGUAUGACAAAGCUCAAGUACUAUUUCGACGACAGGACGAACGUCUAUGGAAAGCACAAUAUCUUGGCAUGCAUAGUACGGAUGCAGGUGGACCUUAUCGAGAUUCUAUCACGUGCAUUUGCUCAGACAUUUGUAGUGAACGCCUGCCAUUGUUUAUUUUAUGUCCUAAUGGACGAACAAAUAGUGGUUCGAAUUGUGAUCGAUGGAUUCCAAAUGUAUAUUCGCCAGAUAAACUGAUUCCUAAUCGAACAAAAAAUCAAUAUCGAUUCGUCGGACAAUUGAUGGGUAUGGCUAUACGACAGAAGAAUUAUCUUGAUUUGAAAUUUCCUAUGUUAUUAUGGAAACAAUUAGUUCGAGAACAAAUAACAAGUGAAGAUAUUGAAGCAAUCGAUAUACAGAGUUUUACAAUGAUCAAUGAAAUGGAGAAAACAAUGCCAGAAAAUGAUCAAUCAAUUGAUCUUGAUGAUGUACUCAGUAGUAUAUUGGAUGAACUACGAUUUGAAGUUGUCAGUUCAAAUGGAUCAACAUUUGAACUUGUUCCUAAUGGUCAAGAAAUACCAGUAACGAUAGCAAAUUUCAAAGAAUACUGUGCGAGUUAUCGUAAUUAUCGUUUGAAUGAGUUUCAUCGUCAAAUCGAAUUUAUUCGUCAAGGUUUAUACAGUAUUAUUCCUGGCUACUUUUUGAGUUUGUUUACAGGCAGUGAAUUAGAAGAAGCUGUUUGUGGAAAAGGUGAAAUAGAUGUAGAAUUAUUAAAACGCAACACUAACUAUGGUUCUGCUUAUAGUCCAGAUGCGCCAUGUAUUCAACGAUUUUGGAUCGUUCUUGGUAGUAUGUUUACAGAAGAGCAGAAGAAAUUGUUUUUGAAAUUUGUCUGGGGAAGAUGUACAUUACCGAAUAGAGAUGAAGAUUUUACAGCUCGUUUUACAAUUAAUGGAUUUGAUAUAACUAAUGGUCCCGUCGAUGGAGCGCUACCAAGAUCGCAUACAUGUAGUUUUGCUCUGGAUUUACCAGAGUAUUCGUCAACAGAUGUUAUGUAUGAUCGAUUAAAUUAUGCUAUUACAUAUUGUUCAAGUAUUGAUGGCGAUGGUAAUAUGAACGAGAUGCCUGAUUCAGCAAUUCUUAUCGACGAUUAA